AUGUCACCAGUGUACUGUGUCCUGUUGUAUUGUUAUACAGUGCAAAUCAGCACGGCUAACAGCAAUAUGCUGGCUAAACCGGAAGUUUUUUUUUUUUAAGAAUAUAAAAUAAAUAAUCUUGACGACGCACUGCUCUUAGAAUAUGGAGUACGGGAUUAUCCUGUAACCAGAGCAUGAACCCUACUCCUAUAUGAUCUUUACUAUACUCCACCUCCAGUACCCCAGGUGGCAGGUAGCCUAGUGGUUGUGUUGGGCCAGUAACCGAAAGGAGCUGGAUCGAAUCCCUGAGCUGACGAGGUAAAAAUCUUCUGGCCUUGAACAAGGCAGUUAAACCAAUUUGUCCAUAACUGACUUGCCUUGUCUGCAGCCUUCAGUUCACUAUAAUCCAAACAAGUCUUUCUGACCAACUAACCGUUUAUAAAUGUAAUGUUUUGGUAGCAGUAGUCUGGGCUGAGUCAGUGUUUUUACUCUGUUAUUGUCUGCCUAGUUUGAGUUUCCUUAAUCUUAUGUUAUAUAAUCUUGGCUGAUGUCAGAAUGCUAGUGAAUGUUUUAUAUUUCCAGAUUUUGUUUUCCCUUUCAUCUGUGUGGGUGUCCUUCAGUACAAACCAUUCCUCAACGUAGCAAACGUUCAAACGAACUGAAAGCACCCCUGGUUUGUUAGGUGUGUGUGGAUGCAUGGGUGUCUCUAGGUUUGUUCUCACUCUCUAAUCCGCUCUCAUCUGCAGUGGAUAAAACACACGGCCGUAGGAAUGCCCAGUGCCCAUUUCACCCUGGAUGACCCUGCAACUGCACAGUAGUGGAACUGUGUAUGUUAUUAGCCCUGAGACUGAUUAGUCAGGCUGCAGGUAAGUAACCUGACCUGUUCUGUCAGAUGACAAGCAGAUUACAGCAACGAUACAAUACUGGAGUAGCUAUAAAACUGUCCUCAGACCAUACCUAGCCCUAUCUCUGCUAACACCUCAUCCACUGCUCUCAGGGGUCUUAGAUCUCUCAUCUCUGCUAACACCACAUCCACUGCUCUCAGGGGUCUUAGAUCUCUCAUCUCUGCUAACACCACAUCCACUGCUCUCAGGGGUCUUUGAUCUCUCAUCUCUGCUAACACCACAUCCACUGCUCUCAGGGGUCUUUGAUCUCUCAUCUCUGCUAACACCACAUCCACUGCUCUCAGGGGUCUUAGAUCUCUCAUCUCUGCUAACACCACAUCCACUGCUCUCAGGGGUCUUUGAUCUCUCAUCUCUGCUAACACCACAUCCACUGCUCUCAGGGGUCUUUGAUCUCUCAUCUCUGCUAACACCACAUCCACUGCUCUCAGGGGUCUUUGAUCUCUCAUCUCUGCUAACACCACAUCCACUGCUCUCAGGGGUCUUAGAUCUAUUCUCUCUGCUAACACCACAUCCACUGCUCUCAGGGGUCUUAGAUCUAUUGUCUCUGCUAACACCUCAUCCACUGCUGGGAUCCCCUGGUUCCAGGCCUGUGGGAUCUAAUAUGAGAGGGCUGUUGAUUAAAUGAGGCCAGUAGAAAUCACAUUUCUCGGGGUAUAGUGGUGUAGUUAACCAUUGACGGACUGAGUCUCUCCUCCCUAUAGAUAACACACACCUGCCUCAUUCCCAGGUUUCAUACAGUACAGCUGGACACACACCACCCAGCUGGACACACACCACCCAGCUGUACACACACCACCUUGGUGAUGAAUAAUAGACUUGACUCUGAUCACAUGGACUGGCUACUGAAUAAUUUAGCCCCUUCUCUCCCUUCGACCUCCUCUUUCACCUCCCAGUCCGGCCUUGGCUGCUCUCUCUUUCUCUGCAGUAAACAUGGACCCGAGGUAAAGCUUCUGUAUCUGCUCAUUCUCCUGGGGAAAGCAUCAAACGGAGACCUCAGAGCAAACUCCAACUCCAGAACAGUGUGGACUGAAGCUGGCAUGGAUACUCUCUGACACAGAGACAGACAGAGAGAGAGACAGAGAGAGAGACAGAGAGAGAGACAAAUGAGAGGGAAAUAGUGAUAAAGGAACAGAUUGGAGGAAACACACACAUCCAUCCCGUUCCCACCGCUAUGGCAGAAUGGCUGAGGCGUGUGUCCUGGGGAGAUGCAUGGUACAGCCUGUACUCCCGCCUGCUCAGGACCAAACCUGUGGGUAGGAUGGGUCAGGGGUCAGAGGUCAGCGACGAUAUCACAGAGGUAGGGGGGCUGGCUAGGGUCCUGACGACAGCUGACCUGGUGUCGCUAGGGGUGGGGAGCUGCGUUGGCACAGGGAUGUAUGUGGUUGCCGGGCUGGUUGCUAAGGAGAUGGCGGGGCCAGGAGUGAUCCUGUCCUUCAUCAUCGCUGCUGUGGCUUCUAUACUGUCAGGUGUAUGUUAUGCAGAGUUUGGCGUGCGUGUCCCUAAGACAACUGGGUCAGCCUACACCUACAGCUAUGUCACAGUGGGGGAGUGUACGGCCUUUUUCAUUGGCUGGAAUCUGAUCCUGGAGUACCUAAUUGGUACUGCAGCCGGGGCGUCGGCUCUCAGCAGCAUGUUUGACUCGCUGGCCAAUCACAGCAUCUCGAGCUACAUGAUAACACACCUGGGGACACUCAGAGGCCUGGGUAAAGGGGAGGAGUCGUACCCUGACGUCCUGGCCAUGGCCAUAUCGCUGGUUGUCACGGUAAUUGUGUCAUUAGGGGUUCGUAACUCGGUAGGGUUGAAUAACGUUCUGAACAUGGUCAACCUGGUGGUGUGGUGCUUCCUGAUCAUCUCUGGACUCUUCUUUCUCUCCGCUGACAACUGGGAGGCAGGAAACUUCCUGCCCUACGGAUGGUCCGGGGUGAUGAAGGGAGCGGCCACUUGUUUCUAUGCCUUCAUAGGGUUUGACAUCAUCGCUACGACAGGAGAAGAAGCCAAGAGUCCCAACACCUCUAUACCCUAUGCUAUUACUGCUAGUCUGAUAACCUGCCUGACUGCAUACGUCUCUGUGUCUGUGGUCCUGACUCUGAUGGUUCCUUAUGACCUGAUCGAUGGUUCAGCUCCACUGAUGGAGAUGUUUGCAGUGCAUGGGUUCCUGCCAGGGAAAUACAUAGUGGCUGUAGGGUCUAUAGCUGGCCUCACUGUCAGUCUAAUGGGCUCCCUGUUCCCCAUGCCCAGGGUCAUAUACGCUAUGGCUAGAGACGGGCUGCUCUUCAGGUUCCUGGCCAACGUCUCUCCGUACACUCACACUCCAGCAGUAGCGUGUCUGGUGUCUGGCUGUCUGGCUGCUCUCAUGUCUCUCCUCGUCUCCCUGCAAGAUCUCAUAGAGAUGAUGUCUAUAGGAACGCUACUGGCUUACACCUUGGUCAGUGUGUGUGUCCUGCUGCUGCGCUACCAGCCCGACACAGACACACACAACUUCCUGCCUGGGGAGGAAGAGGAGGGGCCUAGGCAGAAAGAGGGCGUGAUGGCGGAAUGCGAUGACGGAACUCUGCCCACCAACGAUGACCAGAUGUUGAUUGGAGGAGCAGACUCAUCGACCUUUGACCCUGACAGCUCCGGCUACCAAUCGAGCGGUGUUGCAGGUGAACCUGGCGACUCUGGCAGCUUCCACACCGGCCCCUCCUCGCUGUUGAAGAGGGUUCUAGGUAGUCGUUACUCCACCCUGCGUGUUCGCCUGGGGAUCCCUGACGCCUCGGCCCGUCCCACCCCGUCCUCCGGUCGCAUGGUGACACGCUGCACCCUCCUCCUCUUCCUCCUCUCCUUCCUCCUCUGGGCCACUGUCAUCUUCGGCGUGGAGCGAGGGACCGGAGCGGGCUCGGCCGUUUCAGGUAUCGUAGCGACACUAUUGGCGGGCAAAAUAGCAACCAUACUGGUGGUGAUCGUGCGCCAGCCUGAGAGUGGGCGUAUCCUGCCCUACAUGGCGCCGUGCGUGCCGUUUGUCCCCGCAGUGGCCAUCUUGGUAAACUCCUACCUGAUGCUGAAACUGUCGCCGCUCACCUGGGCACGCUUCGCUGUCUGGUGCACUCUGGGUAUACUGAUCUACGGUUGCUAUGGGAUAUGGAACAGCUCUUUGGAGAUCAGCACCAGAGAGGAACAGGCUCACGCCAGCACCUACCAGCGCUAUGAUGACCACCUUGACGACACCUUCUCCCCUGACAAUGACCUUGACCCCCAGGACAACCAGGAAGAGGGGCGCUACCAGGGCUGGUCAGCUGAGAAGGGCUACCACUACCAACAGCAAAACCAGGAUCAGAACCAGGAUCCGGAGGGUGACCAGUACCAAAACCACUAUCAAGAUGGCAAUCAAGAUGGCAACCAGUACCAGGAUAGCUCCCAGUACCAGAACCAGUCAGGUUAUCAGUCUGGCCCUCAGGGCUCCUUUAUGGGAUCCAGGGGAAGAACCAAUCAGGGCUACACAGAUCCACAGGAACCCGGGGGCUCCUCUUGUGAUUGACAGCUGCAGUGGAACACACCUACUUCCUGUUUCACUGGGCACUAGAGGAGAGGAAGGGCAGAGGGCUCCUGAAUCCCUCAUCAAGCCCCACACCAUAGGCACUUGAGUAGACCUGAGAGGACAGGAGAAGUGAGCUAUAUGGCAACCAUUCUACCUGGUCUAACACUGCAUUAUAAACAUACAUACAACAUGCUGUGUUUAAAAUCUAUCUAUCUAUCUGAGAGUGAAUCAAUUAUACAGGAGCAAACAUGCUCUUAUACUACCUAUUAGUCUGACUCCACUGGUGUGACAUUGUACAUGGGUGAGUUGGUUGGAAAACAUUUAAGAUUAUUUUGUUUUAAAGAGUGUGAUCAUUCAAAAAAGAAAGUAUUUAUUGUUGAAUCAGAGUGUGUAAAUGUGUGCAGAAAGAGUGAUCUGUGUUUUGCUGUUGUCUGAUAAACUGUCAAUAAAACAAAUACAUCUGAGAGAA